CGGCUGCUCAGCUGCCUCCCACGGUGCCGGGCGCCUCGGGCCGGGGGCGAGCGCUGCGAGGCGGCCCGCGGGGAGGCAGCGGCCUGAGCAAUGGAAGAGUUAAUAGUUGAACUUCGUCUCUUUCUGGAACUCCUGGACCAUGAAUAUCUAACAUCGACCGUCAGGGAGAAGAAGGCCGUGAUCGCCAACAUUCUGCUGAGGAUACAGUCGGCCAAAGGUGUCGAAGUGAAAGAUGGUCAGAAGCACGAGACCCCCAGCAGCCUGCCGGCGCCCCCUCAGAUGCCUCUGCCGGAGAUCCCGCAGCCGUGGCUGCCUCCUGACAGUGGGCCUCCGCCUCUGCCGACUGCCUCGCUCCCGGAAGGCUACUAUGAGGAAGCUGUGCCGCUGAGCCCUGGGAAAGCGCCGGAGUACAUCACCUCAAAUUAUGACUCGGACGCCAUGAGCAGCUCGUAUGAGUCGUACGACGAGGAGGAGGAAGACGGGAAGGGGAAGAAGGCCCGGCACCAGUGGCCCUCCGAGGAGGCCUCCAUGGACCUGGUGAGGGACGCCAGGAUCUGCGCGUUCCUGCUGCGGAAGAAGCGCUUCGGCCAGUGGACCAAGCUGCUGUGCGUCGUCAAGGACACCAGGCUCCUGUGCUACAAGAGCUCCAAGGACCAGCAGCCUCAGAUGGAGCUGCCGCUGCAGGGCUGCAGCAUCACCUACAUCCCGAAGGACAGCAAGAAGAAGAAGCACGAGCUGAAGAUCACGCAGCAAGGCACGGACCCCCUGGUGCUUGCCGUGCAGAGCAGGGAGCAGGCCGAGCAGUGGCUGAAGGUCAUCAAGGAGGCCCACGGUGGCGGUGGCGGUGGCGGCGGUGGCGGCGGCGGCGGCGGCAGCGGGCCCGUGGCCUCAGAGUGCCCUCCUCCGUCCAGCUCCCCGGUGCACAAGGUGGAGCUGGAGAAGAAACUGUCAUCAGAAAGACCCAGCUCAGACGGGGAAGGAGCUGUGGAAAACGGAGCUACUAUGUGCAAUGGAAAAGAGCAGGUGAAGAGGAAGAAAAGUGCCAAGUCAGAGGCCAAGGGAACUGUGUCCAAAGUCACUGGGAAGAAAAUCACCAAGAUCAUCGGUUUGGGAAAGAAAAAGCCAUCCACGGACGAGCAGACCUCAUCGGCGGAGGAGGACGUGCCCACGUGCGGCUACCUGAACGUCCUCUCCAACAGCCGCUGGCGGGAGCGCUGGUGCCGCGUGAGGGACAGCAAGCUGGUCCUGCACAAGGACAGGGCCGACCUGAAGACGCACAUCGCGUCCAUCCCCCUGCGCGGCUGCGAGGUGACCCCGGGCCUGGACGCCAAGCACCCGCUCACCUUCCGCCUGCUCCGCAACGGCCAGGAGGUCGCCGUGCUGGAGGCGGCGUCUUCCGAAGACAUGGGCAGAUGGAUCGGGAUCUUGCUGGCAGAGACAGGGUCGCCGGCAGACCCCGGGGCCCUGCACUACGACUACAUAGACGUGGAGACGUCUGCGAGCGUCAUUCAGACCGCCAAGCAGACCUUCUGUUUCAUGAACAGGCGUGUGGUAUCCACGAACCCGUACCUGGGGAGCACCUCCAACGGCUACGCCCACCCCAGCGCCACGGCGCUGCAUUACGACGACGUGCCUUGCAUAAACGGCUCGUGGGACCCGGAGGAGGACUUCCCUGCAUCCUAUGGCAGAGGCGGGGGAGAAGAGGUGCUCUAUGAUAACGCAGGCCUGUACGAUAACUUGCCGUCGCCGAAAAUCUUUGCCCGCUGCUCUCCUGACAGGAAGGCUUCUCGGCCGGCCUCUAACCACUGCAGACACCCCGCCUCCCGCAGCCCGCCUCCCGCCCCGUCUCUCACUAACACCUCUUCUGUGGGGAGGGCGUCUCUCGGGCCUCCCUCUCAGUUCAAGGGUAAGAAGCCCCCAGCAGCAUCUAACGGGGUUCCAGGCAAAGGGAAGACGGGGAGCGGCCAGCAGAAGAAAGCCGAGAGCGCCGCCGGUGUGAGACGCACAGCUUCAAAUGCUGACCAGUACAAGUACGGGAAGAACCGGGUGGAAGCGGACGCGAAGCGGCUGCAGAGCCAAGAGGAGGAGCUGGUGCGGAGGAAGGAAGCGCUGCGGAACAGGCUGGCCCAGCUGCGGAAGGAGCGCAGGGACCUGCGGGCGGCCAUCGAGGCGAACGCUGGCCGGCAGACGCAGGCGCUUCUGGAAGACAAGCUGAAGAAGCUGGAGGAGGAGUGCAAGCAGAAGGAGGCGGAGCGGGUGAACCUGGAGCUGGAGCUGACCGAGGUCAAGGAGAGCCUGCGGACGGCCCUGGCCGGCGGGCUCACGCUGGGGCUGGCCAUUGAGCCCAAGUCAGGGACGUCGAGCCCACAGUCUCCCGGCCUGCGGCACCGGACGCUGGAGAACUCGCCCAUCUCCAGCUGCGACACAAGCGACGCCGAAGGCCCCCUGCCCGUGAACAGCGCGGCCGUCCUGAAGAAGAGCCAGCCGGCCGCCGGCAGCUCCCCCUGCCGCGGGCACGUGCUGCGCAAGGCCAAGGAAUGGGAGUUGAAGAACGGGACAUAAGGGGAGGCCAGGGGCCCCGGACCGACUGCCCACCCGACACCGGCUCCUCAUCACCGUCCCCGCGGGAAGCUGAACCCAGAGCGUCUCGGGCAGCGCGGCGAGAGCGUGCCGGCGCGGAUGCCGGCUCCCGGGCCUGGCGCGCUGUGUUCUCUCUACUGUAUCCUGGCGCCCUCUAAAGAGUUUACUUGUAAGACUUCGGCUUCCAACUUUGUGAAAAGAGACGAAGGGCUGAGCAGGUGCAGGCCCUGCGGCCGCGGUGAAGUACUGCCGUGGCCGUCAGAGCCACCGCUUGAUCCGUUGCUCCCAGGGCAGCCUGGCCACGGCGGGCUCUGCUCAGCCCUGGAGGAGCUGGGCGCAGCCGGCGGGGAGCGGGGCUGUGAGCGGGACCCACGCAGCACCAGGGCCUCCUGCUCCUCUGCGGGGGCUGGGGGCCGCAGAGCUGACUCCCUGGUGCCUGGGCCGCAGGGGGAGGGGCCUGCCUGCCUUGCUCCUCUUUCCGGCUUCUGAUUUUGACGGAUGCUUUCAUCACCAGGACAUGAAAAGCUGCCGUUCUUUUUAGCCUGUUUUUUUUAAAGUCGUCUCUCUGUUGUCUGUCACGCGCGGAUCUAAGGGCUUCUCAGUCGUGUCCUAUUUUAUCAGGACCUGUGCCUCCCUCUCCCCCUCCCAGCACCUGCCGUGGCCUCACAGCAGGCGAGGGCUCGUUGUCUGCUUCCAGCACGUCUCUCAGAGACGGGACUCACGUCUGCGGCCUGUGGGGGCAGAGCCGGCCCGGCCUCCCCCGCCCCUCAGCCCGCCGUGGGGCCUCCUGGUCCACGUCUUUGUGUGCCCCCUGUGCCACAGUUCCCAGAGGGACGUGGUUGGGACUGUGCUUCUGCCCCACCCGUGCCAGGGUCCCUGGACUCCGCCGUCUCCCAAGGGACACUGCAGACCUCCCUGGUCACUGGCGAGGCGUGGACGUGUCCUCCGAGAUGUCAGCACGGGCGGUGACGUCGCUGCACGGGUGCGAGCCCACCACGCGCCAUCCAGAACCUUCCCGAUGUGGGCAGGAAGCCGGUCUCCCGGCCCCUCCACAGGAGUACCUGCAACCGGCCAGCACCCAGGCUGAGCCCCACCCUGCCAGGCUGCAGCGGCUCUUAUGGGGCCGGAAGGUGGCCGCCCGCACCAAGACGCUGUCACGGCCAGGACUGGAAGCGGCUUCCCUGCCCGUCCGAGACCUGAGCUCACCACAGAGCCGCCUGCUGACUGCACGCUCCCCAGCCGCCCUUCCUUCGCAGCCUAGGGAGAGGAGGCGCUGCCUGCCGGGGAGCCCAGCUGGGGCCCCUGCCACCACAGGAGGCCGUGGCCACCUCGCAGCACGGGAGUCACCUGAAACCAGAAGGCGGUUUGAGCCACCGCGGAUCUGUGCUGCCUUGCGCCAGAGUUCUGCUCUGACCAGGGCCUGGGCCAGGUUUCCAGGGCUGGGAGAGGGAAGGAAGGGGCCGGCCUGCUCCCUUGGCCUAGCCGCUGAGCCGUCAGCGCAGCCUCGGGCACCACACACUUCCCCACCGUGCGGGGCCGCCCCGAGCACACAGCUGGCGCGUGCGGUCCGUCUUUAAGAACCCUGUCUGCAGCUCCAGGAAGACACCAAACAGUGGUGUCCUUGCCCACAGAGCCACGGGGAGCAGCCGUGGAGGGCGAGGCCCCGAGUCCCCCCGACACACACAUUCAAUCAGAAAGUUGCUUUAAAGCAUUUACUUCAAAAUAAGUUAUUUAUUUGUACAUGUUUGGUGAAUGUAGUUUUUAAUUUAUGUCUGUACAUACUAGUCACACGUGAGACGGCGUGUCAGGACUCCUGCCCCCAGCCCCGCCCCCGGCCCGUAACCAGCACCUUCCGCCAGGGUGCAGGGCAGUCCCACCGGGAGAAGUCCCGUGUUUCAGGAGACGUCACCUCCCGCCGUAACGGGCAACCACCUCCACAGAGAGCCGGCCACCCGUGCGGGGCUCAGGGCCCCUCGCGCACCCUGGGGCUCUGCGCGCGCCGUUUCCCAGAGCUGCCGAGGCCGCUGCCGCCUCACGCGGCUGUGGAGUUUUCAGUUCCCUGCAGCCCCUCCACAGAGCACCUGUGCUGGGCUCGGCCUGCGUCAGGGAAGCCAGUGUCCACGCGGGUGAGGGGCAGCCGCACACUCCGCCCAGGCACGGGCUGGCUCCCUGCAGGCCUGCUCCGUGAUGGUGCCCGCCUCAGCUCACCUUCCACUCGCCCCCGUCUACGUAAGCAGACCCAGCGGGUAGGCUGCCGGUUUGUCACCUUGUGUCCUGGGAUGGCCAGGAAGUGUGAACCCACUCCUCAGUCUGCAUAGACGGCCUGCGCCCCAGGAGGUGUGAACCCGCUCCUGUACCUGCGUAGACAGCCUGCCAGGUGUGAACCCGCUCCUGUACCUGCAUAGACGGCCUGCCAGGUGUGAACCCGCUCCUUUACCUGCAUAGACGGCCUGCGCCCCAGGAGGUGUGAACCCGCUCCUGUACCUGCGUAGACAGCCUGCCAGGUGUGAACCCGCUCCUGUACCUGCAUAGACGGCCUGCCAGGUGUGAACCCGCUCCUUUACCUGCAUAGACGGCCUGCGCCCCAGGAGGUGUGAACCCGCUCCUGUACCUGCAGUCUGCCCAGGAGGUGUGAACCCACUCCCAUACCUGCGUAGAUGGCCUGCCCAGGUGUGAACCCGCUCCCAUACCUGCGUAGACGGCCUGCCCAGGAGGUGUGAACCCGCUCCCAUACCUGCGUAGACGGCCUGCCCAGGAGGUGUGAACCCGCUCCUGUACCUGCAUAGAUGGCCUGCGCCCCAGGAGGUGUGAACCCGCUCCCGUCGUGUGCAGAGGUCACAGUAGCGCUCUGGUGUUACACUGUAGCCUCCUGUCUUCUUAGGGGAGAAGUCAUUUUGAAGUCAUCGUCCAGCUGCAGAGGGCUUUGUGGCCCUGUUACGACUACCUCGUGAUCCGGCCACGGCGAGGGGCUACACUGAAAGGGACGGGGCCUGUGGGGCGCCCACGCUUGGGGGCCCCCUGUGCCCGCCUGCCCUCGGGUUCCUCCAGAAGAGCCCAGCCCCGCAGCGCGCCUCCCCCUGCCGCCAUGGAAGAGGUGGAGAAAGAGAGUCUGCGGCCGUAGCCCUUCGGGACCAAAGGUGUUCCUACUGGGCUCGUCUCUGGAUUUGCUAACAAGUACGGAAACUGUUGACUUUGAAUUUGAACAUCAACUUUUAAAUUAUAGGUAUUCAGAAUUAAUUGACCACGGCUAUAAGUUGUAAGAUGUUUUCAUAUUAAGAAUGUAAUUAUUUCCUUAUUGUAUUUUUUAAAAAAACUAAAUUCAUAUUUAAAAUUGAAAGAAACAGGCAGAGAAACAGGCUUUUUUAUUAGCUCUGAUGGCAGUGCCCGUGUGUAGCGACUGCCCAUGUAUCUUCACGGUGUUUCCAGUGUAUUUAAUUCCUGAAGCAGAAAAUGGAUGGAGCAGCGUGGGUGCGAACACGAGCUCUGAGCCCGUCUGCCCCGUGCUUGGCGGCUGUGGCUUCCUGCUGUACUAACUGGUUUUCUACUGUGCCCACGCGCGAGCCCCGACCGGCGCCCCGCGGCGCGACCCUGUGUAUUACCAAUAAACUCCCACGGCCGCAGCCCCGCUGGCCGCUCU